AGUCUGACAGCGGCGCCCCCUGGGCCUCUCCGGCUUUUCUCCGCAGGCCCCGCAGACCCCAAAGGCGUCGGAGGGGGCAAAGAAACGGACGGCGCCUCCAGCGACUCGGAUUGUAAGGAAAGCCCCGAGCAGACGGGGCUUGGGAAAGAAGCCGCCGCCGGCGCCUCGCCGCCUUUGGCGCACUGCGGCUCCGCCGGCCGCCUGCUCCUCCAAGCUCCCCAUCACCUCCACCACCAUCCUCACCACCAGCACCAGCACCACCAGCAGCAGCAGCUCUUGCACCCCGAGGAGCCCCCGGCGGCCCCUCCCUCCCAGUACCGACCCCCUUCGACGGACCUGCACCCUGGCCUGCCUUCCAGCCACGGCACCACGUCGGUCAUCCACACCCCCCAAGCGCCUCCGCAGGCGGCCGGCCCGGGGCCCCUUUCCAAGCCCAAGCUGUGGUCCCUGGCGGAGAUCGCCACCUCCGCGGACAAAGCCAAGGAAGCCGGCAGCAGCAGCAGCGGCGAGACGCCCCCGCAAACGCCUUCGGGUUUAGGCGCGCCCGCCCCGACGGCCCGCUCGCCUUCCGCCGCCCCUUGCCCCUUCCCCAACGGCGCCGCCUCGGUGCUCCCGCGACCCCUCUACUACGCCACCAGCCCCUUUUACCCCGGCUACACGAACUACGCGUCCUUCGGACACCUGCACGGCGGCAACGCGGCGGCCCAGGCGGGCGCCCCCAGCCCCCACUUUAACGGAUUAAACCAGACCCUUUUGAACAGAGCGGAAAGCUUGGCGAAGGACGCGAAGGUGCUCCGAAGUCAGAGCCAGUACGACUUUUGCAAGGAGCCGCCUUACGAACUCAAGAAAGGUAUGUCGCACAUUUAAUCUCCCGACUUAAAAGCUGAGCUCCAAAACGGGACUUGUGGAUUUGGGGCCCGCCUUUUAUUUUUAUUUUUUGAGGGUGGGGGGGAGAGAAAGUUGUGUUCCCCCCUCCACUCCUCCUCCUCCGCUCUUUCAGUGAUUUUCUGCUAUUUUUUUUUCUUUUUUUCUUUUUCAUCGUGAGCGGUUUUUCCACAUUUCUUUCCCAUCGAGUCCGUCUGGAUUGGGGUUUUUUUCCCCUCCCACCCGCUGCUAAAAAGGGGGGGGAGGGAGGGAGGGUGGAAGAGAAAGAAAGAACGAGAGAGAAAGAAAGAAAGAAUGAGAGAGA